GUGCGACUCAUUCAUCUGAGCCUCUCGAAGUUCAGCCUUUCUCUGCUAGUUCGACUUUCCCUUCGCAAGAUUACAGCCAUGAUGGUUUCUCUGAAGCGAGAGAGAGAAGCUGAGGUGGACGACGACGACGACGACGAGGAGAACGACAGCGAUGACGGAGUGGCAGUGAAAAUAGGCCGAGUUCGUGCAGCUGAAGACAGGAGAAGUCGCCACUGCCCGUAUCUCGACACCAUAAACAGGAGCGUGCUGGACUUUGACUUUGAGAAGCUCUGCUCCAUCUCCCUGUCCCACAUCAACGUGUACGCCUGCCUCAUCUGUGGGAAAUACUUCCAGGGUAGAGGACUGAAGUCCCACGCCUACACCCACAGCGUCCAGUUCACCCACCAUGUGUUCCUCAACCUGCACACACUCAAGUUCUACUGCCUGCCAGACAACUAUGAGAUCAUUGACUCUUCACUAGAGGACAUCACUUAUGUCCUAAAGCCAACUUUCACCAAGCAGCACAUUUCAGGACUGGACAAGCAAGGAAAACUGUACCGAGCCUAUGAUGGUACGACGUACCUGCCAGGCAUUGUUGGGCUCAACAACAUCAAAGCUAAUGACUAUGCCAACGUGGUGUUACAGGCUUUUUCCAACGUUCCACCUUUGCGAAACUACUUCCUGGAGGAGGAAAACUACAAAGGAAUCCGCAGGCCACCGGGGGACAUCAUGUUCCUCUUGGUGCAGAGGUUCGGGGAGCUGAUGCGCAAACUUUGGAAUCCGAGAAACUUCAAGGCCCACGUGUCUCCCCAUGAGAUGCUGCAGGCCGUGGUGCUGUGCAGCAAGAAGAACUUCCAAAUUACCAAGCAAGGAGAUGCUGUGGACUACAUGACGUGGUUCUUGAAUGCUCUGCAUGGGGCUCUUGGAGGCACAAAGAAAAAGCCAUCAAGCAUUACGCAAGCAUUUCAAGGCUCCAUGAGGAUCUUCUCCAAGAAACUUCCACACCCAGAUUUACUACCCGAGGAGAAAGAGGCCUUACUUUUGACAGAGGAAUACAAGGAACAGGUGUCUGAUUCCACCUUCCUGUUUCUGACACUUGACCUCCCAACAGCUCCACUGUACAAGGAUGAGAAAGAGCAGCUCAUCAUCCCCCAGGUCCCCCUCUUCAACAUCCUGGGCAAGUUCACUGGCACCACAGAGAAGGAAUACAAAACCUACAAAGAGAAUUUUCUCAAAAGGUUCCAGUUGACCAAACUUCCUCCGUACCUCAUUUUCUGCAUCAAAAGAUUCACCAAGAACAACUUCUUUGUGGAAAAGAACCCAACAAUUGUCAACUUCCCCAUCACGAAUGUAGACCUUCGUGAGUACUUGACAGAGGAAGCUCAAGUUACAGAGAAGUGCACAACUUAUGACCUCGUCGCCAACGUAGUGCAUGAUGGGAAACCCACUGAGGGAGCGUACAGAAUACAUGUUCUGCAUCAUGGAACUGGGAAAUGGUACGAGAUGCAGGACCUUCAGGUGAUCGACAUUCUCCCUCAGAUGAUCACGUUGUCGGAAGCCUACAUCCAGAUCUGGAAGAGACAAGAUUGUGCUGAUGACACAAACGACCACAAAGAGGCGUAAGCGAGCCAGGAUUUUCUUCUUCACUGUGAUUGGCCUGAAGUGAUGUCACCAUUAUGAGAGGAACUCUGUAUUUAAGUGAUUGAAUUUAACAAUAUAGAAAAAGAGUGGCCAGAGAGUGUUAAGACUUUGUGUUUAGUCACAAAAAAGCAAUUACAUGUAAAUGUUUCCAUGUUUUUUUCACUGUUUUAUCUUUUUAUUAUGUGGAAGUUUCUAAAUAAACAAGCUCC